CUGCUGCAAACGUUAGCGCGAGAAAUUCCCCAAGUCAUCGGGUUGUCCUGCAGCUGGUUCCAGUAGUUGUCUUGAGUAUUUUCUAAUUUUUGAAAGAAUUUAAACCAAAGAAGAUGGCCGCUAUUCGCUCCUUCUCUCGUCUUCUCAACCGUCAAACCUUCGCCACUAUGGCGAAACGUGGUUACUCUGAUGAGAUGAGCUUCACAUUCGCUGCUGGUAACCAGGUCUUCUACGAUGCUAAAUCAGUGAAACAAGUUGAUGUACCAUCCUUCUCUGGCUCCUUUGGUAUUCUUCCCAAGCAUGUACCAACUUUGGCUGUUCUGAAACCAGGAGUUGUCACUGUCUUUGAAAAUGAAGGUAACAUCAAGAAGAUCUUUGUUUCCAGUGGAACUGUCACCAUCAAUGAUGAUUCUUCUGUUCAGGUUUUGGCUGAAGAGGCCUGCCCAGUUGAAAACAUCGACGUGAGCGCCGCCAGGGAUGUUCUGAACAAGUCCCAGAGCGAACUUUCCUCUGCAAGCACCGACCUCGCGCGCGCCGAAGCAGCCAUCGCCGUCGAAGUUGCCGAGGCUUUGGUCAAAGCCUGCGAAUAAACACUCCAUGUAAAA